AGCGGAUGAGACCGUUUGGCUGAAGAUGGCGGAUUCGCUGUCGUCAGGUCUGGGAGAGGAGCAGGAGAAUGAGAAGGAAGGCAGGGAGCGGGACGGGAAGGCUGCCAAAACAGAGAAAAACAAGGAGAAAGACAGAGUCACGGACACCCUGCGGUCCAACGAUAAAAACAGAGGCAACAAUGGCAAGAAACGCAACCUGUCAGACCUGUCUCUGGUCAGAUUUAUAACUACUGAGCUAACCAGAGGCUACUUCCUGGAACACAAUGAGGCCAAAUACACCGAGCGCAGAGAGAGGGUCUACACCUGCCUCCGCAUCCCCAAGGAGCUGGAAAAGUUGAUGACAUUCGGCUUCUUCCUCUGUCUGGAUGCCUUCCUCUAUGUGUUCACCCUGCUGCCCCUCAGGGUGAUUCUGGCUCUUUUACGGCUCCUCACGUUGCCUUGCUGUGGCCUCGGUGGCGCCCGCUUGCUCCAGCCGGCCCAGGUGUGUGAUGUGCUGAAAGGCUUCAUCAUGGUGCUGUGUUACUCCAUGAUGAGCUACGUGGAUUACUCCAUGAUGUACCACCUCAUCAGAGGACAGUCUGUCAUCAAGCUGUACAUCAUAUACAACAUGUUAGAGGUGGCAGACCGCCUCUUCUCAUCAUUUGGUCAGGACAUCCUGGACGCUCUGUACUGGACAGCCACAGAACCAAAGGAGAAGAAGAGAGCGCACAUAGGCGUGAUUCCUCACUUCCUCAUGGCUGUGCUCUACGUCUUUCUCCAUGCCAUCCUCAUCAUGGUUCAGGCCACCACUCUGAACGUAGCCUUCAACUCCCACAACAAAUCCCUGCUCACCAUCAUGAUGUCAAACAACUUUGUGGAGAUCAAAGGAAGCGUGUUCAAGAAGUUUGAAAAGAACAACCUGUUCCAGAUGUCAAACAGCGACAUAAAAGAGAGGUUCACCAAUUACAUCCUCCUGCUCAUCGUCUGUCUGAGGAACAUGGAGCAGUUCUCCUGGAACCCUGACCACUUCUGGGUGCUGUUUCCUGAUGUAGUCAUGGUGAUUGCCUCUGAAGUUGCUGUGGACGUUGUUAAGCACGCCUUCAUCACCAAAUUCAAUGACAUCAGUGCUGAUGUAUACGGGGAAUACAGAGCCAGCCUUGCCUUUGAUCUUCUCAGCAGUCGACAGAAAAAUGCUUACACAGACUACAGUGACUCAGUCUCCAGAAGAAUGGGCUUCAUCCCGCUCCCUUUAGCUCUACUGUUGAUCAGAGUCGUAACCAGCUCAGUGAAGAUCCAGGGUUCGCUGUCCUUCAUGUGUGUGCUGCUGUUUUACCUUGGGAUGAUCACUCUGAAGGUGCUCAACAGUAUCCUUCUGCUGGGUACGUCUUGUGGAUUCGUGAAAGAGGCCAACAUGGAAGAGAAGCUCUUCAACCCUCCGCCCACCGUCGUCUCCAGCCGUGCAAACUCCAGAGCUCACCGCUCCAAACACGUCCACAUUCCACCACAGCAAGAACCCACAAUCGACAAAGGAGGAGCAUCCGUGGCAGCAGAUGUUUCUCCGCCCCCCAGUGUGGCAGAGAGCUCUGCCCCAACACUCCCCAAAAGUGACUCAGACACUUUCCUGACCACGCCAGAUGGGGAUGAUGGUGAAAAAAUCAUCAACGCCAACACCGGACUGGAAGGUCUCGAACCACGAACACCCAAGAAAGACUUGCUGGAAAUAGACCGCUUCACCAUCUGUGGCAACCGAAUAGACUGAAAGCUACAGGGAAACAACCAGUCAGUGUGCCCUGGCAAAACGCCAAGAUUCAGGGAUCAGAAACACGGGUUGGACUAGAGAAACUUCAGCGCACCUGACCCCUGAGUAUUUAUUUAUUUAUUUAUUACUGACAAAACCAGCCAAGGCAUAACGCUGUUACUACAAGCAUCACAGGCGGCCUCAGAUGUCUCCAUCUGGUCCAGCCGGUGCCUCGUGAACCAGGUUCACUCCGGGGAUUGGUCUUGGUUGUCACGGCAACCUGAAGACAUGCUUGCUCAUGACUAUGGGAGAAAAUUGGCAUAGCUGUAGAAGAGCACGAAGACAGAAACACGUAUGUGACGUAGUGCCACUAGGAUCGCUGUGUGAUGAAAUGACAGCUGGACUGUGCGAGUACGUGUUCAAAAGCACAAUCAUGCGUGCGGUGCAGAUUUGUUUUUAGAAAGAACAAAUUCGUCAAUUUUUUUUUAAAAAACAAAUUUUUCAAAAGCCUAAUAUUUAAAAUGAAGUUUUUAUGAAGACUCUCAGAUCUUUUUCUAGAAUCGACCUGCAGGACUAAGACUCACAAUCACAUUAACACACUGUUGAAAUCCCAAUGUUGCUCUGCUGACACACACACACACACACACACACACACACACACACACACACACACACACACACACCAACACAUCUAAAAUAGUCUUGUUUAAAGUGAAUUACUGUGAUGACCCCGAGUGUCCUCAGCGCGCCGACAUGGCAGCAGCGACAUUAGGUGCAGUCCUGCUGAAUGCACUGGCUUUGGUUACAGAGGUUACUUUACCUUUUAGACGCAGAUCAAAGUUUGGAGGUUUUAGUGUCAUGCCGCUUGUGUUGAUAUUGUUACUUUAAGCACCGAGAUAGGCUGGUGCCUGUUUGUAAAGACAGUAUUUAUUUAAAAGUAGUUGGUCUCAUUUAACAUUCUUGGUGUGUGACACUCUCAGAUCAGCAUCAAUUAAAUGUUUUGUUAUUAUUUCCCAUUAUCUUUGCAGUGAUAUGAGAAAUAAUUAAGGUUGCAUGUAUGCAGGUGAAAUGUUUAAGGGUAUUGUGUGAUAAUCAUCUAUCAAAAAUAACAAGGAUCAUAUGAGCACUUUGGUUGAACCAUGCAUCAUCUUUUUAUUUUCCUGAGCGCUGUAGGAAGUCAGGUUUGAAUCCUAAAUGUUGCUGACAUUGAGUGGUGUGUUUGUUGUUCGGCUGGCUAAUUGGAAGAAGCUUUUUCCAAAUGCUUUCAUUUUUAUAGAACGACCUUUAGAAGCUGUAAAAGCUGGAAGCAUUGUUGAUCAUAUCUUUCUGAAAUGCUGAAUUCAAGCUAGCCCUACAUUUAGCAUUGCAUGCUAAUAUCCUGUUGUAUUUGAUUCAAGCAACAGUGCUUAACAUUUGGAUUUUCGAAAAAGAAAUACCCAGUGGUUUUUAAAAGGUCUUUCAAAUUAAUGAAUGCUUCUCUAGAAUCAUCAAAGACUUAUCUAAAAGUGUGUGUGUGUGUGUGUGUUGUGUGAUGUGGUGUGUGUGUGGUGUGUGUGUGUGUGUUGUGUGUGUGUUGUGU